UCUUCACCUAAAGUAGCGCGAAAUUUUUCUUACAAUUUUUUAAUAAAAAAGAAUAAUGUACGAGCGUAGUUCGUUGCGUUAUGCCCAUACUAGUGGCUAUACCGGCUUAAUUUACAUUGACGAUGGAUAUAUGUUAACUUGCGGAUCUGAUGGAGAUAUACGAAAAUGGCAAGGCAUUGAUGACGACGAUCCAAUUUCUAAUUGCUUAGGUGAAUUUGUAGUGUGUUUGGCUCAGAGAGGCGACAAGCUUUUGGCAUCUACCGACCAUAAUACUGUACAAUCGUAUAUUUUACCUGACCUGGAUAAGGAUGGAACUCUAUUGAGAUUUACUGCUCCAGUAAUUGAUAUAAAAAUUAAAGAUGAUUAUAUAGCAGCUUGUUCGGAGGACACCACUAUUAAAAUAUUAAAAGGUGAUGCAACCCAACCAAUGGAAUUAAAAGGACAUGAAGGACCAGUAUUAGCUUUAGAUAUACACCCUAAGAAUACAAUGUUGGCCUCUUUCUCAGGUGAUGGCUCAGUAAAAGUUUGGGAUUUACAAAACGAAGGCAAGGAGCUUUAUUCUGUUCAGGGAUUAAGUAAAACUAACAGUUUCGAAAAUGCAAUUUGUUUCGGUACACCUUGUUUCGAGCCAACCGAAGGCAAAAUUUUGAUAUACAUAAAGAAAAAUGAAAUUAAAGCGAUAAGCACAACUAAUUGGGAGCAUUUAUUUUCCUUAAACGAUGACAAGGUGAAAGGUGAAUACACUUAUUGCCAAUUUUCUCAAAAUGGUUUAUUGUUAGCAGCUGGUACCAGCAAAGGAGAAAUUUCAAUAUUUGAUUUUAUUGCGCGCCAAUCUAAGAAAUGCGAAGGACCCUCGAGUGAAUGCCAAUCCAUCACAUGUUUAGCUUGGAGCACUAAAAACAAUGAAGAAUUAGCCUAUUGUGACGCGUCCGGGCAAUUGGGUACAGUAUUUGCUAGUUCUGGACUUCAAAAAGAAAAUGCAGCUGGAGAUGACGGCGAGUUAUUACUUAAUAAUGAUUUUGAUGAUAUAGAAUUUACGGGAGCUACAAACGAUGAUGCUGAACGUCUAGCAAAAAUUAAAGCAGUUAACGACGAUGAUGAUGAUGACUGGAAAUCUAUUGAAAAGUUAAAAAGUAAAAUUAAAAUCUACAAUGGCGAAGACUUACCUGCAGAUGAAGAUACUAAGGAUUCCGUGUCUCGCAACGGGUCUUUAAGUCCUUGUGUAGAUAAAAAUGCGCCCGCCGUGUCGAACGGUUUUAAGCUACAAAGCGCUUUUCAGCCCAGUUGCACGCCCAUUCAUUUGGAACAUCGUUAUUUGGUAUGGAAUGGCGUGGGUAUUGUAACUUCUCAUGCCGAUGGCGCCAAUGGUGCUAUUGACGUAGAAUUCCAUGACGCCAGUGUUCAUCAUUCAUUGCAUAUACCUAAUUAUAAUAAUCAUAAUAUGGCGAGCUUAAGUUCGACGGCUUUAGUUUUAGCUGGUGAGGAUUCAGCAAAAGUAGUAGUAAUUGCUUUAGCUGCUUCUGGUAAUAAGGAGUGGAGUAUGCAGUUGUCUGAAGAAGAUGUGGUAGCUGUAGUGGCUACUACAAAAUUGAUAGCUGUAGCGACAAGCAUGCAAUUUUUACGCAUUUUUACUAUAACUGGCAGCCAAAGGGAAAUAAUUUCUAUACCUGGUUCAGUGAUAUGUCUCUCAGGCUUUGAAGAUCGCAUUAUGUUGAGCUACCAUGCUGCUCCCGCCAGCCAAAAACAACAAAAUAUAACGGCUAUGUUAUUGCACGCUUGCGGGCUAAGUUUAAAGUGCAAAAAUAUUACUUUACCUUUAACGCCGGGACGGCAAUUGGUAUGGCAGGGAUUUAGCGACUGUGGCUCUCCGGUAUUCGCUGACUCUAUGGGCUUAGUGCAAUUGUUUAAUGUGAAAAGUAACUGUUGGUAUCCUGUAUGCGACACGAUGAAAUUAUCAUCCAGUGUUUCCAAUAAUUACUUCGUAAUAUCUUUGUCGGAGAGAUCGCAAAUACUCCAGGCAGUUCUUUGUCGCGGCUGCUCCUAUCCUAUGACUACUCCAAGGCCUUUGAUGCAAGAGUUACCAUUGCAAAUGCCAUUGUGUGACUUAGAAAGUGAAAAAACUUUACUGGAAGAUUCCCUACUUAGAUCGUCUAUAAUGGCAGUUGAUAAUGCAAACAAAGUGAUAAAAGAAGUUUCUAUUAAAUUAUUUGCUUUAGCCUGCCGUGGUGAAGUAGAAACGCGAGCUAAAGAACUAAUUGAGACAAUAGCUUGUCCAGAUUUGUUAAUGCUAGCAGUUAAAUAUGCUACAAAAUUAGGUCGCAUACAUCUAGCUGAUCGCUUAACUGAACUAUUGCCACAAUUAGAAGAAGAGCAAGAGAAACGGAAACAAGACGAACAACUCGCCGAAAACACUUUACAACCGUCAUAUCCGACACCUACCUACCUGAACGGCCAACCUUUAAACAAUUCAACAAAAUUAGCACCCAAACCAAUGGAAUUGGGAUCAGGCAAAAAAUUAACUCUUAAAAAGUUUGCUUUUAAUUCUACGUCGAAUGACUCCAGAAAAUUUGGUAUGUUGAACGAUUCCCUAUUAGCCACAACGACAGACAUUUCCGGACAAUCCGAAUCGAUUUUGCCAUCCUACGGAGACUCGGUUGAUGAUACGAAAAUCAUAACACGUAGUCCAUUUAAUUCUGUAAAUCCUUUCGCUUCGAAACGGAAAAUUUCUGAUAUUGAUAAAGGCAGCGUCUUAAUGGGUUCAGAAAAAUUAAAAAUUGCUAGGAAAUAAUUAAUUUCUGUAAUUAA